AUGAAGUUUUCCACUGUUUUGUCUGCUGGUUUAUUAUCCACAGUUGCCUCCGCUUUGCCAGUUUCCGUUUUGGAAGAAUUUUACAAGAGAGAUUUAUUGACCUCUACCACCGCCGAAGAUGUUACCUACUUUAACGGUUCCACCCCAGUUAACACCACCAACAACACUGGUGUUUUGUACACUUAUGGUAACCACUUGAACUCCACCAACGCUACUGAUGUUGAAACUUUACCAUUCUCUUUGAACUCCACCAACUUGACCACCGUUGAGAUCGUUGAAGUUGCUGAAUACGUCGAAGCUGCUUUAUUCAGUUUGAACGAUUCCUCUGUUGUCGUCACCGUUGCCGAAGAAUCCUUGGCCUCUACUGGUUUCUUCUUGGGCUUAUCUUAUCCAAACAAGACUGUUAUCGUUUCCGAAAACAUCACCAAGGGUUUAUUAGUUGCCAAGGAUGAAGCUUCUGCUGAACGUGGUGCUUUGAUUGUCGAUGCUUCCGGUUACAUUUACGACACUGUUUCUUAUCCAAACUGCCCAGUUGGUGUUGUUACUGCCUCUGAAAAGGUUGUUUUCUACACUACUCCAUCUUUGGUUUCCAUCUUGGACCCAAGAACUUCCGUUUUCUACACCAACGCUUUCUCUGUCAACAUUUCCUCUGCCGUUGAAAACAUUGCCACUGUUCCAGUUAUUUCUUACAGUAACACUACUUUCGCCGCUUUGUUGAACGCUUCUGUUGCUCAAUACAAGGGUGUUGUUGUUUCUGCUCCAAAUGUUUCUACUUUGGCUGAAAUUUCUAUUCCAACCUCUUUGAACGGUACCAAGGUUGUUGUUGCCGUUGAAGAUGCUGAAUAUGUUGACCAAGCUUUAUUCAAGAACAGCACCGAUGUUGUUGCUGCUGGUAACUUGGGUCCAGAACAAGCUAGAGUUUUGUUGACUGUUGCUUUGACCGCAGGUUUCGACUCUUACAGCAACUUGACCACUUUGUUCCCAUGA